CCGCAAUCCGGCUCGCCGACCACUCGGCUGAGCCGUGGCUGCCCAGGGAUUCGCUUGCCCCAGUGAGCCAAGUCAGAGCCCAGCCCUUUGGUUUCUGUGUGCGCAUUUUCUUCCUGAGCAAUUUCAACCCUUCAGCUUCCUCAUCUAGCACCAAUUUCGCAGCCAUGGCCCGCAAAGAGUUCCCCGGAGACCCGCGCCGUUCCGCCAAUGUCGUGCCGUACACGCCUGCGACCAACGCCGAGGAGGGCAGCCUGUACUAUCUUAUUUCGUUCAUCAGCUCGCUGGCCGCCAUGUUCCUAAAGUCGCGCAUAGUUGGGUGGGCCGCCGUAUUCUUCGCCCUGCUGUCGGUGUUCACUGACCGCACGUCGGCUGCGGGCCAGAACAGCAGCCGCACAUCGACCAUUCACCCUGGCCAGCUGGUUGCGCUGUACAAGUUGUACCGCGGCGAGCAGCCUGCUGCCAGUUCAUCAUAG